AUGAGCUCCCACCGGUGUGUAAAGUGCAGAACGGUGUGGCAAGAGCAAUACAUCAUGCCAGAGUCGCUUUCCGCCUCUCAGCCAGAAUGCUUGAACUGCGCCCAUUUCGCGGGCGCAUCGCAUCCCUCCUCCUUUUACAGCAGGUCGGGUUCCCAGAGGGGCUCCGUCUCCGUGACGCGAGACGGGCAACCCGCCAGGGUGGUAGACCACUUUUCAAACAUGGGAUUCACUCAAACUUCCAACAGGGGCUCGGCAGCCAGCAACAGCAGAGCCUCCGUCCUGAAUUCGAACAGUGGUGCCAUGGCAUCCAGCUCCAGCAGGACUCCCGGCUUGCAGGGCUUCAGGGGUACCGCCGUCUCCCAGUCCAGCAGGAUGACCGCUAUACCCGAGGACAGUGUGCUCGUCCCCAGCUUCAGCAAGCUUUCCAUCGCCGAGUCCAAGAGGGGCUCCGAGUCCAAGAGGGGCUCCGAGUCUAAGAGGGGCUCCGAAUCCCACUCCAAGGAGUCCAAGCGAAGCUCUACCAAACGGUCAAGCUCCGACUCCAAGCGAAGCUCUGACAAAACCAAACUUACGCUCGAUAUCGAGAGUGGCCGUGUUAGGGAGCACCUGGGGGCAGGCUACAGCUCCAAGCGAAGCUCUAGCAAAGAGCCAGGUUCCAACUCCAAGCGAAGCUCGAGCAAAGAUCCAGGCUCCAGCUCCAAGCGAAGCUCUAGCAGAGCGCCAGCCACGCGCACCGACGAUUCGGCCGCGACCAUGAGGCAGUCCAGGAUGGCCCCAACGGGUGCCCCACUGACGCAGCUGUCGCAGGCUCCAGUCCCCACUGUACCUCAGCAGACCAUCAUACGCCCACAAGGCUCUGGCAGGUACAACGUCUCAAGCUCGGGUAAGUUCGAACAGCAAGACCUCGACUACCCCUUUGAGCAAGGAACAUUCCGUUGGGUCGCCAAGGGGUGCUAUGACGAAGGACCUCGCUUGGGGAAAACCUGCAUUGCAAAAUGGUUCAAGUCUGGCCAUGUCUUCUCCGAUACUUUCUUCGAGAUGGACAUUCACGCUGUUGACAAGGCCAUGUACUUCAUCCAAAAAUUCAAUGAGCAGCGAGUUGUCGACAAGUGUAUCAAGAUCAACGUACCCUUUGUCGGUACAUUCACGGGCGGAGAGUCGGAACCCGAAUGGGCAGGCCGGAAAUGCCUGAUGGAGCCUUUCAUUGACGGCUACCAAAAGUUUAACAGUAACUCCGGAUGGACUGACGAAUCUGAUAUAUGGGGAGCAGUCAUGCAGGCCCUUAGCCACUUCAGCUAUCACGAGUCGGGCGGCAAGUACCUCUUGUGCGACCUCCAAGGUGGCAUUUACCAGGAAUCGAUUGUGCUCUCUGACCCCGUCAUUAUGUCUAAGACCCGAGAAUUUGGCAUCACGGAUCUUGGUGAAGAUGGGAUCAACACGUUCUUCAGCCAGCACAAGUGUAACAAGUUUUGCCGCAAAAGCUGGAAACGACCGGAGGCUGCCCAGAAAACCAUGAGUACCGUCCAGAGCACUACCAUGCUGCCACUCAAAAUGCCUAAGAGGUGGUCUCGGCCCGCAGAGACAAUGCCUGCUCGCUAG